AGCAUAUAUGAAUCUAAACAAUGAUUGAAAGUGCGCUAAACUUAACACAUAAUUAUCACUGAAUUUGAUUUACAUUAAGACUUGACCACCGAUUAUGACUACAAACGAGUCAAUUGGCGACAAAUUUAUCUCUCAUCGCAUGUUAUCUUCAUUUGAUAUCAACGAUGAAUUACUUCAGAAACUUAAUACAAAAGGAUUUACUCUAAAAUCAGAGAUACAGGCCGUCAGUGAUGACACCUUAAGAUUGAUGUGUAACUUAAGUGAUGAACAAUUGAAUACAAUCAAUGAAUUGAUCCGAAAGUCACACAAGACUAUCAUUAAUCACUUAACGGUUAGUCAUAUAAGAAAGUUAUCGGGCAAUCGGAUUCACACGAGUUUACCAUCACUGGACAUUGCACUCGGAGGUGGUCUUGAAGUGUCAAAAGUGACACAAAUUUGUGGUGAAGGAGGCGUUGGAAAGACACAAAUCUGUAUGCAAUUAUGUAUUACCGUUCAAAUACCCGAACAAUUUGGUGGUCUUUCGUCUCACGCGUUAUAUAUCGAUACGGAAAACAAUUUAAGACCCGAGAGAUUGCAAUCUAUGGCCGCCUUUUGUCUGGAAUCAUAUCCUGAGCUUAAACAACGAUAUUGUGCCGAAUCUAUGGUAUCAAAUGUUCACCUCUUCUCGUGUAAUACAAACUCAAGAGAUCUUUUUGAACUAAUAAUGAGUCGAAUCGAGCAUUUUCUCGAUCACCACCAAGAAGUAAGACUUGUUAUCAUCGAUAGUAUCGCUAAUCUAUUCAGAUAUGACUAUAAAGGCAAUGAAUUUCAACGAGAAUAUGAAAUAUCACAAAUGGGUCACAAAAUUAAAUCUAUAGCUCAUCGCAAAAGAGUUGCCUUCCUCAUUUCAAAUCAAGUAACUUAUAUUCCUGUUGAGGGUAAAGACACACCAGCUUUGGGAAAGUUAUGGCAAACUUAUUGUUCCACAAGUUUUCUAAUCAAAAGAUACGGUGAAUACAGAAAGACAUACACUUUAAAGUCAGUCAACAUCGAAACGGACAGACAUUUCUUCUUUCAGAUAACGAAAAAUGGUAUCAAAGAGGUACUUCCAGAUGAAGUUGUUGAUGCAAUAAUAAACAAUAAUAAAUUAUAAA